AUGGCUGGAGGCAAUAUUCGUGAGAGAGUUUCCCGUUUGGAAGAGUUUGUGGGUUUUCCUACAGAAAUAGAAGUACAAGAUGGUGCAGAGAACCUUAUUGUUCAAAUCAAAAACUUGGCUUCUGAAAUGGAAAUCUUGGUGAAGAGGUCCAUUCAUGGGAGUUCUAGAGGCGGUGGUGAUCCUCUUUCACAGAAGAUCAAGGUGCCGAAUCCCAAGUCUUUCAGUGGCACCCGAAAUGCAAAAGAGUUGAAAAUUUUCCUAUGGGACAUGGAGCAGUAUUUCAAGGCUGCUCGGAUCCUCGAUGGUGAGAAGGUGACCAUUACAAGCAUGUAUCUGUCUGGUGAUGCAAAACUAUGGUGGCGCACAUGGACAGAGGAUGAUGUUUCUGCGGGUAGGCCUCGGAUUAAAGUUUGGGAGACCCUUAAGAAGGAAUUGAAGGACCAAUUCUUGCCUCUAAACACUGCAUGGAUUGCAAGGGAAUCUCUAAAGAAAUUAAAGCACAUAGGCACCGUUCAUGACUAUGUGAAGGACUUUAGUUCCUUGAUGUUGGACAUUUAA